AAGAUGGCGGCCAAGGUGGCGAAGCAGCAGCAGCGGCGGCGGCGGCGGCGGCUGGAGUGAGCGCCCGGCGGGCCACGCCGAGCGAGGUCCCGGCGUAGGAACGUGCGCCGGGCCGCGCCCUGUGCCUCAGGCCUGGGGGCGCGCCGGCUCCCACGCUCCGCCAGCUUCGGGUGGUUUCCUAGAAACAUGAUUGUUUGUUGGACUUGAUCUCACAGCCUGGUGAGGACUUCAAUAAUGUCAAGUUCAGGUUAUCCUCCCAACCAAGGAGCAUUUAGCACAGAACAAAGUCGUUAUCCUCCCCACUCUGUCCAGUAUACCUUUCCCAGCACCCGCCACCAGCAGGAGUUUGCAGUCCCUGAUUACCGUUCUUCUCAUCUUGAAGUCAGUCAGGCAUCACAGCUCUUGCAGCAACAGCAGCAACAACAGCUUCGAAGACGACCUUCUUUGCUUUCAGAAUUUCACCCAGGUUCUGACAGGCCUCAAGAAAGGAGAACUGGAUAUGAGCAGUUUCACCCAGGCCCAUCUCCAGUGGAUCAUGAUUCACUGGAAUCCAAACGACCACGUCUGGAGCAGAUUUCUGAUUCCCAUUUUCAGCGUGUCGGUGCUGCGGUUUUGCCUUUAGUGCAUACGCUGCCAGAAGGGUUGAGGUCUUCUGCAGAUGCUAAGAAGGAUCCAGCAUUUGGAGGAAAGCCUGAAGCUCCAUCCUCUCCAAUCUCUGGGCAACCAUGUGGAGAUGAUCAAAAUGCUUCACCUUCCAAACUUUCUAAGGAAGAGUUAAUACAGAGUAUGGAUCGUGUAGAUCGAGAAAUUGCAAAAGUAGAACAACAGAUCCUAAAACUGAAAAAGAAACAGCAACAGCUCGAAGAAGAAGCAGCUAAACCUCCUGAGCCUGAGAAGCCUGUGUCCCCUCCUCCUGUGGAGCAGAAACACCGCAGUAUUGUCCAAAUUAUUUAUGAUGAGAAUCGGAAAAAAGCAGAAGAAGCUCAUAAAAUUUUUGAAGGUCUUGGCCCAAAAGUUGAACUGCCUCUCUAUAACCAGCCAUCAGAUACUAAGGUGUACCACGAGAACAUCAAGACUGGAGUACCUGCAAGGCGCAUGAUGAAAAACCAGGUGAUGAGGAAAAAACUCAUUUUAUUUUUUAAAAGAAGAAAUCAUGCAAGAAAACAAAGGGAACAAAAAAUCUGUCAACGUUACGAUCAGCUCAUGGAGGCAUGGGAGAAAAAAGUGGACAGAAUAGAAAAUAAUCCUCGGAGGAAAGCUAAAGAAAGCAAAACAAGGGAGUACUAUGAAAAGCAGUUUCCAGAAAUUCGAAAACAAAGAGAACAGCAAGAAAGAUUUCAACGAGUUGGGCAGAGGGGAGCUGGUCUUUCAGCCACCAUUGCUAGGAGUGAACAUGAGAUUUCUGAAAUUAUUGAUGGGCUCUCUGAGCAGGAGAAUAAUGAAAAACAAAUGCGGCAGCUCUCUGUGAUUCCACCUAUGAUGUUUGAUGCAGAACAAAGACGGGUCAAGUUCAUUAACAUGAAUGGGCUUAUGGAGGACCCUAUGAAGGUUUAUAAAGAUAGGCAGUUUAUGAAUGUGUGGACUGACCACGAGAAGGAGAUCUUUAAGGACAAGUUUAUCCAGCAUCCAAAAAACUUUGGACUAAUUGCAUCCUACUUGGAAAGGAAGAGCGUUCCUGAUUGUGUUUUAUAUUACUAUUUAACCAAGAAAAAUGAGAAUUACAAAGCUCUGGUAAGAAGAAAUUAUGGAAAACGCAGAGGCAGAAACCAGCAGCAAAUUGCCCGACCCUCACAAGAAGAAAAAGUAGAAGAAAAAGAAGAGGAUAAAGCAGAAAAAACAGAAAAAAAAGAAGAAGAAAAGAAAGACGAAGAAGAAAAAGAUGAGAAGGAGGACUCUAAAGAAAAUAUGAAGGAGAAGGACAAGACAGAAGGUGCAGCAGAAGAAACUGAGGAGAGAGAGCAGGCCACACCCCGGGGGCGAAAGACUGCCAACAGUCAAGGCCGCAGGAAGGGCCGCAUCACCAGGUCCAUGACGAACGAAGCCGCCGCUGCCAGUGCUGCGGCUGCUGCGGCCACUGAAGAGCCCCCACCGCCUCUGCCACCGCCACCAGAACCCAUUUCUACAGAGCCUGUGGAGACCUCUCGAUGGACAGAAGAAGAAAUGGAAGUUGCUAAAAAAGGUCUAGUAGAACAUGGUCGUAAUUGGGCAGCAAUUGCCAAAAUGGUGGGAACCAAAAGUGAAGCUCAGUGUAAAAACUUCUAUUUUAACUAUAAAAGGCGACAUAAUCUUGACAACCUCUUGCAGCAGCAUAAACAGAAAACUUCACGAAAACCUCGUGAAGAGCGAGAUGUGUCUCAGUGUGAGAGUGUCGCUUCCACUGUUUCUGCUCAGGAGGAUGAAGAUAUCGAAGCCUCCAACGAAGAAGAAAAUCCAGAAGACAGUGAAGGUGCUGAAAAUAGUUCUGAUACAGAAAGUGCUCCUUCUCCUUCACCAGUUGAAGCUGUCAAGCCUGGCGAAGACAUCACUGAAAAUGCUCCUUCUCGAGGAAAUACUGAACCUGUGGCUGAGCUCGAGUCUGCCACUGAAACAGCCCCCAGUGCAUCUCCCUCCUCAGCAGUUCCAAAUACAAAACCAGCUGAAAAUGAAAAUGUGGAGACCCAGGCGCAUGACAGCGUCAGUGUGGAGACAGCAGAGUCAAUGGACAUAGACCACCAGGAGUGCAGUGCCGGAGGGGCUUCUGUUCUUGAUCCCCAAGCCACUACCAAAGCAGACUCUGUGGAUGUUGAAGUGAGGCUGCCAGAAAACAGCGCUUCCAAAGUUGAAGAUGAUACCAAAGAGGGAGACUUGGAGAGAGCCAGCGAGAAGACAGAGCCUAGAGAUGAUGAUUUGGUAGUGGCUCAGCAGAUAGAUGUUCAGAGGCCUGAGCCCCAGUCAGACAAUGACUCCAGUGCCACAUGCAGUGCUGAUGAAGAUGUGGACGGAGAGCCAGAGAGGCAGAGAAUGUUUCCUAUGGAAUCAAAGCCUUCAUUACUAAACCCCACUGGAUCUAUACUAGUCUCAUCCCCAAUUAAACCAAAUCCAUUGGACCUGCCACAACUUCAGCAUCGAGCUGCUGUUAUCCCACCAAUGGUUUCCUGCACCCCAUGUAAUAUACCAAUUGGAACUCCAGUGAGUGGCUAUGCUCUCUACCAGCGACACAUUAAAGCAAUGCAUGAGUCCGCACUCCUGGAGGAGCAGCGGCAGAGGCAGGAACAGAUAGAGGUGGAAUGUAGAAGCUCUACAAGUCCAUGUGGCACUUCCAAGAGCCCAAACAGAGAGUGGGAAGUCCUCCAACCUGCUCCACAUCAAGUGAUAACUAAUCUUCCUGAAGGGGUUCGGCUUCCAACAACUCGACCAACCAGGCCACCUCCUCCUCUCAUCCCAUCAUCCAAAACCACAGUGGCUUCAGAAAAACCAUCUUUUAUAAUGGGAGGCUCCAUCUCACAGGGAACACCUGGCACUUAUUUGACUUCUCAUAAUCAGGCUUCCUACACUCAAGAAACAGCUAAGCCCUCAGUGGGUUCUAUCUCUCUUGGACUGCCACGGCAACAGGAAUCUGCCAAAUCAGCUACUUUACCCUACAUCAAGCAGGAAGAAUUUUCUCCUCGAAGCCAAAACUCGCAACCUGAGGGUUUAUUGGUCAGGGCCCAACAUGAAGGUGUGGUCAGAGGUACCGCAGGAGCCAUCCAAGAAGGAAGUAUAACUCGGGGAACUCCAACCAGCAAAAUUUCAGUGGAGAGCAUCCCAUCCCUGCGGGGCUCUAUCACUCAGGGUACCCCAGCUGUGUCCCAGGCUGGCAUACCAACUGAGGCUCUGGUGAAGGGAUCCAUUUCUAGAAUGCCCAUUGAAGAGAGCAGUCCUGAGAAAGGCAGAGAGGACGCUGCAUCCAAAGGCCAUGUUAUUUACGAAGGCAAAAGUGGACAUAUCUUAUCAUAUGAUAAUAUUAAGAAUGCCCGAGAAGGAACUAGGAGUCCAAGAACAGCUCAUGAAAUCAGUUUAAAAAGAAGUUAUGAAUCAGUGGAAGGAAAUAUAAAGCAAGGGAUGUCAAUGAGGGAGUCUCCUGUAUCAGCACCAUUAGAGGGGCUGAUAUGCCGAGCAUUACCCAGGGGGAGCCCUCAUUCUGACCUCAAAGAAAGGACUCUGCUGUCUGGCUCCAUAAUGCAGGGCACACCAAGAGCAACAACUGAAAGUUUUGAAGAUGGCCUUAAAUAUCCCAAACAGAUUAAAAGGGAAAGUCCUCCCAUACGAGCAUUCGAAGGUGCCAUUACCAAAGGAAAACCAUAUGACGGCAUUACCACCAUUAAAGAAAUGGGGCGUUCCAUUCAUGAGAUUCCACGGCAAGAUAUUUUAACUCAGGAAAGCCGAAAAACUCCAGAAAUGGUCCAGAGCACAAGGCCAAUAAUUGAGGGCUCUAUUUCCCAGGGUACACCAAUAAAGUUUGACAGCAACUCAGGUCAAUCUGCCAUCAAACACAAUGUCAAAUCCUUAAUCACGGGGCCUAGCAAACUGACCCGUGGGAUGCCUCCGUUGGAAAUUGUGCCAGAGAACAUGAAAGUGAUAGAACGGGGAAAAUAUGAGGAUGUGAAAGCAGGCGAGCCAGUGCGUUCCCGGCAUACAUCGGUGGUAAGCUCUGGCCCCUCCGUUCUCAGGUCCACUCUUCAUGAAGCUCCCAAAGCACAGCUGAGCCCAGGGAUUUACGAUGAUGCCAGUGCACGGAGGACCCCUGUGAGUUAUCAAAACACCAUGUCCAGAGGCUCACCCAUGAUGAACAGAACUUCCGAUGUUACUGUUUCUUCUAGCAAGUCUACCAAUCAUGAAAGAAAAUCAACACUGACCCCUACCCAAAGAGAAAGUAUACCAGCGAAGUCUCCAGUGCCUGGGGUGGAUCCUGUUGUGAGCCACAGCCCAUUUGAUACCCAUCACAGGAGCGGCACUGCGGGAGAGGUUUAUCGGAGCCACCUUCCCACACACUUAGAUCCAGCCAUGCCCUUUCACAGGGCUCUGGAUCCUGCAGCAGCUGCUUACCUGUUCCAGCGACAGCUUUCACCAACUCCAGGUUACCCAAGUCAAUAUCAGCUUUAUGCAAUGGAGAACACGAGACAGACAAUCUUGAAUGAUUACAUUACCUCACAGCAGAUGCAAGUGAACUUGCGCCCAGAUGUAGCCAGAGGACUCUCCCCAAGAGAGCAGCCAUUGGGUCUCCCAUACCCAGCAACAAGAGGAAUCAUCGACCUGACCAAUAUGCCUCCCACAAUUCUAGUGCCUCACCCAGGGGGAACAAGCACUCCUCCCAUGGACAGAAUCACUUAUAUUCCUGGUACACAGAUUAGUUUCCCUCCCAGGCCAUACAACUCUGCUUCUGUGUCUCCAGGACACCCAGCACACCUUGCAGCAGCUGCAAGUGCUGAGAGGGAGCGGGAGAAAGAGCGGGAGAAGGAGCGGGAGCGGAUUGCUGCGGCUUCCUCCGACCUCUAUCUGCGGCCAGGCUCAGAACCUCCCGGCCGGCCUGGCAGUCACGGAUAUGUUCGCUCCCCUUCCCCUUCAGUAAGAACUCAGGAGACCAUGUUGCAGCAGAGACCCAGCGUUUUCCAGGGAACCAAUGGAACCAGUGUAAUCCAACCUUUGGAUCCAACUGCUCAGCUACGAAUCAUGCCACUGCCUGCUGGGGGCCCUUCAAUAAGCCAAGGCCUGCCAGCCUCCCGUUACAACACUGCUGCAGAUGCCCUGGCUGCUCUUGUGGAUGCCGCAGCUUCUGCACCCCAGAUGGAUGUUUCCAAAACAAAAGAGAGUAAGCAUGAAGCUGCCAGGUUAGAAGAAAAUUUGAGAAGCAGGUCAGCAGCAGUUAGUGAACAGCAGCAGCUAGAGCAGAAAACCCUGGAGGUGGAGAAGAGAUCUGUUCAGUGUCUGUACACUUCUUCAGCCUUUCCAAGUGGCAAGCCCCAGCCUCAUUCUUCAGUAGUUUAUUCUGAGGCUGGGAAAGAUAAAGGGCCUCCUCCAAAAUCCAGAUAUGAGGAAGAGCUAAGGACCCGAGGGAAGACAACCAUUACUGCAGCUAACUUCAUAGACGUGAUCAUCACUCGGCAAAUUGCCUCGGACAAGGAUGCAAGGGAACGUGGCUCUCAAAGUUCAGACUCUUCUAGUAGCUUAUCUUCUCACAGGUAUGAAACACCUAGUGAUGCUAUCGAGGUAAUCAGUCCUGCCAGCUCACCUGUACCUCCCCAGGAAAAACUGCAGGCCUAUCAACCAGAGGUUGUUAAGGCAAAUCAAGCGGAAAAUGAUCCCACCAGACAGUACGAAGGACCCCUACAUCACUAUCGACCCCAGCAGGAAUCACCAUCCCCCCAACAGCAGCUACCCACUUCUUCACAGGCAGAGGGACUGGGGCAAGUGCCCAGGACCCAUCGGCUGAUCACACUUGCUGAUCACAUCUGUCAAAUUAUCACACAGGAUUUUGCUAGAAACCAAGUUCCCUCACAGACUCCCCAGCAGCCUCCUACUUCUACAUUCCAGAAUUCAACUUCUGCUUUAGUGUCUAUCCCUGUGAGGACUAAAACAUCAAGUCGUUACAGCCCAGAAUCUCAGACUCAGUCUGUCCACCAUCAAAGACCAGGUUCAAGAGUCUCUCCAGAAAAUCUUUUGGACAAAUCCAGGGGAAGUAGGCCUGGAAAGUCCCCAGAGAGGAGUCACGUCUCUUCAGAGCCCUACGAGCCCAUCUCCCCACCCCAGGUUCCAGUUGUGCAUGAGAAACAGGACAGCAUGCUGCUCUUGGCUCAGAGGGGAGCAGAACCUGCAGAGCAAAGGAAUGAUUCCCGCUCACCAGGAAGUAUGAGCUACUUGCCUUCAUUCUUCACCAAACUUGAAAACACAUCACCCAUGGUUAAAUCAAAGAAGCAGGAGAUUUUUCGUAAGUUGAACUCCUCUGGUGGAGGUGAUUCUGAUAUGGCAGCUGCUCAGCCAGGAACUGAGAUCUUUAAUUUGCCAGCAGUUACUACGUCAGGCUCAGUUAGCUCUAGAAGCCAUUCUUUUGCUGAUCCUGCAAGUAAUCUUGGUCUAGAAGACAUUAUCAGGAAGGCUCUCAUGGGAAGCUUUGAUGACAAAGUGGAGGAUCAUGGAGUUGUCAUGUCCCAACCUGUGGGAGUAAUGCCUGGUACUGCCAACACUUCAGUUGUGACCAGUAGUGAAACACGGAGAGAGGAAGGGGAUCCAUCACCUCAUUCAGGAGGAGUUUGCAAACCAAAGCUCAUCAGCAAGUCAAACAGCAGGAAAUCUAAAUCUCCUAUACCUGGGCAAGGCUACUUAGGGACUGAGCGGCCCUCUUCAGUCUCCUCUGUACAUUCAGAAGGGGAUUACCACAGGCAGACGCCAGGGUGGGCCUGGGAAGACAGGCCCUCAUCAACAGGCUCAACUCAGUUUCCUUAUAAUCCUCUGACUAUGCGGAUGCUCAGCAGUACGCCACCAACACCGAUUGCAUGUGCCCCCUCUGCUGUGAACCAAGCAGCUCCUCACCAACAGAACAGGAUCUGGGAGCGAGAGCCUGCCCCACUGCUCUCGGCACAGUACGAAACACUGUCGGAUAGUGAUGACUGAACUGCACAGAGAAGGG